AUGGAGUUCAUGAGCACUGGGAGUGACAACAAAGAGGAACUCGAUCUAUUAAUGAAACAUUUGAAUGUGUCUGAUGUGAUAGACAUUAUGGAAAAUCUUUACGCAAGUGAAGAGCCAGCGGUUUAUGAACCCAGUCUGCUGACCAUGUGUCAGGACAGUAACCACAACGAGGAGGAGCGGUCUGAGUCUCUACUGCUCAGUGGGCAGGAGGGUCCUUGGUUGUCCUCAGUCAGAUACGGGACCGUGGAGGACUUGCUUGCUUUUGCAAACCACAUAUCCAACACUGCGAAGCGUUUAUACAGACGCCGACCACAAGAAUCUGGAAUUUUGUUAAAUAUGGUAAUCACUCCUCAGAAUGGACGCUACCAAAUAGACUCUGAUGUUCUGCUCAUCCCUUGGAAGUUGACCUACAGGAACAUUGGCUCCGAUUUCAUUCCUCGGGGGGCAUUUGGGAAAGUGUACUUAGCACAAGAUAUAAAGACUAAGAAAAGGAUGGCAUGUAAAUUGAUCCCAGUAGACCAAUUUAAGCCAUCUGACGUGGAAAUCCAGGCUUGCUUCCGGCACGAGAAUAUCGCCGAGUUAUAUGGUGCCGUUCUAUGGGGUGAAACUGUCCACCUCUUCAUGGAAGCAGGUGAAGGAGGGUCUGUCCUGGAGAAACUGGAGAGCUGUGGACCCAUGAGAGAAUUUGAGAUUAUUUGGGUGACAAAACAUGUUCUCAAGGGACUUGAUUUUCUGCACUCAAAGAAAGUGAUCCACCAUGACAUUAAACCUAGCAACAUUGUUUUCAUGUCCACAAAAGCUGUUUUGGUGGAUUUUGGUCUAAGUGUCCAAAUGACCGAAGAGAUCUAUUUUCCUAAGGACCUCCGUGGAACAGAGAUUUACAUGAGUCCGGAGGUGAUCCUCUGCAGGGGCCAUUCGACCAAAGCAGACAUCUACAGCCUGGGGGCUACGCUCAUCCACAUGCAGACGGGCACCCCGCCCUGGGUGAAGCGUUACCCGCGCUCCGCCUACCCUUCCUACCUGUACAUAAUUCACAAGCAAGCGCCUCCUUUGGAAGAUAUUGCUGAGGACUGCAGUCCAGGUAUGAGAGAGCUGAUUGAGGCUGCUCUGGAGAGGAACCCCAAUCACCGGCCUAGGGCAGCAGACCUACUGAAACACGAGGCGCUGAACCCCUCCAGGGAGGACCAACCCCGCUGUCAGAGUCUGGACUCUGCUCUCUUUGAGCGGAAGCGGCUGCUGAGCCGGAAGGAGUUAGAGCUUCCUGAGAACAUUGCCGACUCGUCAUGUACUGGGAGCACUGAGGAAUCGGAGAUGCUGAAGAGGCAGCGUUCUCUCUACAUAGACCUCGGGGCCCUUGCUGGCUAUUUCAACCUUGUCCGGGGUCCACCGACCCUAGAGUAUGGCUGA